GACUAUCAUAAUUUUAUUAUUUUACUAUAAUAGUGAUUAUUGCAUUAUUAUUUAUUAGUAGAUAUUUACUGCUUAGUAAACACUUAACAGUAAACAGAUAACUGUAUACGUAGUACGUACUAAUAGUAGUAUAAUAUUAUGAUUUGAUUUCUUUUACAAAAACACCAUAACAUAACAAUACACCUAUAUUAAAUUCAUAUUAGGCAGGUAGUUAGUUCUCAAUCUAGCUUUUAACAUUUUGUGUUGAUGCUGUUGAUUGUAUUUAAGAUUAUAUUUCUUAUCCAAAUAUAAUGUCUGAACCAGUGAUAGUUCUGCACGGUGGAGCAGGAAAUAUACCGGACAACCGUGACCAACCUAAGUUUGAUGGCAUUUUAACCGCCAUCAGAAAAGCUCAUGAAACCUUUACAAAAACAUCAUCUAUUACGGAUGCAUGUCAAGUCGCUGUUGAGUAUAUGGAAGAUGAACCAGCAUUCAAUGCAGGCCGUGGAUCGGUGUUAAAUCUAAAGGGCGAAAUUGAAAUGGAAGCUCUUAUUAUGGAAGGAAAAGACAUGAAGGCUGGUAGUGUUACUGGUGUAAGGAACAUUGCACAUCCAAUAGCGCUGGCCAGAAAAGUUAUGGAAAACACACCUCAUGUAUUUUUGAUGGGUGCAAGUGCUAAUGAGUUUGCUCAAAAAAUGGGAUUUGAAACUGUCAGUGACGAUUAUCUUAUAACAAGCGAUGCGAGAACAGGCUUGGACAAUUUUUUGAAAUCAGGCAGUGAACCCAAUACUACAGAAAUUGGACAUGGAGGUGUGGGCACUGUUGGUGCUAUUGGUAUGAAUGGAAACAGCGGGCAUAUGGUUUCGUGUACUUCGACAGGAGGAAUAACCGGCAAAAUGGCUGGUAGAGUUGGUGAUACACCAGUUCCUGGUGCUGGUGGUUACUGUGAUAAUACCGUGGGCACUGUUUCAACCACUGGUCAUGGUGAUAGCAUAAUGCGCUAUUGUUUGGCUCAAAGAAUAAUGCAAAAUUUGGAAAAUGGUGAAACUCCAGACAUUGCAGCUCAGAAAGCAUGUGACGGUAUGUCAGCCCGUGUGGGUGGAAGUGCUGGGGCUAUUGUUAUUUCCAAAACUGGAGAGGUUGGCAUUGGUUUUUCUUCUCCUAAAAUGGCAUGGGCGUUUUUGAAAAACGGAAUCAUUUACUAUGGAAUUAAAAAAGGUCAAAAGUUUUCGGUUAAGCUGUAAAAAAAAACUAAUAGGAUUACAGAACCGAAUAUUUACUUAAUACAUUUGAUUUGAAUAGGUAUAGAUUGUUUUUUAUAUAGUAUAAAUGUACAAAUAUUUUUAAAUGCAUAUAAAUAUAUUAUAACCAUAAAUAAUAUUAAUCUAAAUAUUGUGUUAAUUUACAAUGAAGUAAAUUACAACACAAUUUUUAUACUUUUAACAACUGUUAAUAAUAUUGGCGAACCAUAAUCUAACCAUUUACAAAAUCGGUAACUACUUGUUAGUUAUUGCAUGUAAUAUGUACGCAUAAAAUAAAUAUGUUUAAGUGACAAACUAGACAAUUGGACAGUGUCAAUAAAAUGUCAAAAAUAGAGGACCAAUUUUAGAAUGGUAUUUCAACAUUACAGAUUUACAAUAGUGAUUGAUAGUUUUAAUAGAAUAAUUGUGUUUUUAGUACAAAAAAUUGGCCUUUAAAAUUAAAAAUGUUCAUACCACUCUUGAACCUAAAAUCAUUACUUGGAUAUUACUGACUUAGUAUUAAUGGAGUUAAAGAUUAAAGGAGCAUAUUUUGGAACUUAGGUACUACUUUAUUCAGUUACUAUUGUCUAUUACCAUAGAUUAAAUAACACUAUUAGCAUUGAGUAUAGAUACUUUAUAUAUAAUUAUAUAUCUAUUACUAUAUAUAAUUAUUACUCAAUUCUAUUAGUUACCUACUUAUUUAAUCUUUGAUAUUAUUAAAUAGUUUGGAAAUAAUUAUACUGUACAUCUGUAAAUUAACUACUAUGCAGGUAGUCAAAAAUAAUAUAAUAGUUCUAAAAAUAAUUUAAUAUUUUUAAUUGAGACUCGAAAAUGUGGCUAGAGUCUACUAGUCUUGUAUUUUUAUUCAUCAUCUACAUUUUUUUGUUGAUUAUGUUUUUCAGAGUGUUAAUAUUGGACAUGUUAACUAAUUUUUACCAACUUGUUAAGUUAGGUAUAUAUAAAAACAUGUAAGUUAAGUUUAAAUUAAAUGUUACAUUUCUUUCGUUUCAAUUUGUAAAAGAUACAAGUUGAAUAGAAAAAUAGUAAGUAACUUAACUUAGUGAAAAAUUGGUAACAUUGCCAAAGCAAAAUAUUAGUAAAUUUGAUUAUAGUAUAUUAUUAAAGUACCUAUAUUUUACACAAAAACAAAAAUAAACACUAUAAAUAGUACUUGUAACUUGUAAGAUACUUGAUAUACCUACUUGCUUAGAGUAGUUAUUAAUUAUUAAUUAUUUUUAUUAAUGUUUGAUUAGUUAAUUUUUUAACAGUUCUCAGAACACUUUAACGUUAAUUGAGUCACUGUAUACUUUGUUAUCUAGUCUACCUUUAUGUGUUUGAUUUUUUAAGUACAAUUCAAUUUAAUUUAGGACGUCGUACACUCGUACCCGCAUAUGUUAAAUCUGUCUUAUACACGUAUGACAUAACACAUUUUCGUUCACCAGUUUUAAUGUACUGUUUAGUUUUGAAUUGACCUAUUAUCAAACUUUAAGGUAAGAAAACCAUCAUUGUUCUCUUGUUGGUUUUUUACGAUAUUUUAAUUUUUAACUGAAUAAUUAUGAGCAUUUUCAAAUAUUAAUAUUUCACAUACUUUUACGUAACUUUUACUUAUAUAAUAUAUUAUACAUUUUACUACUAA